AGUUGUUCAAAAUUGGUGCAAAUAAUGCCAUCUCUCACCAAGAUUCGUCUUGUCCCCUUCUCAUACGCCAAACUUUUCGAUUCUGUCUCCGUACUCGACCACCGAACAUGGGCGCAACUUGUCUAAACCACGAACAAAUACUCGAGUACUUGCCAGUGUUUUUUUUUUUUGAAAACAACGCGCACGUCAAAAGACAGACUCGAACAGAACAAGAACAACAACAACUCAAAUUAAUCACUUUUACAAUGCUUGGCAGUCGCAUACAGCCUCACUCGAGUACGGAGAGCGCUUCAACAUGGGCGCACAACACCAGAACCACACUCGAAUCUGUCAAUACACUUCUUUAUCAUCGACACCCCCAUGCACGUCAACCAUCGAGAAAGCAAGCCAUUACCGCUCAACAUUACGACAAAACAUCAAGACGCACACAAAAGUCACGUCAAUCAUCAAGACGCACACAAAAGUCACGCCAAUCAUCAACACGCCAAAACAUCAAGACGCACACAAAAGUCACGCCAAUCAUCAACACGCCAAUCAUCAUUUUCGACGCUCUUCCAUGCAUCUCAAUCUUUUCGAAUGGUGCAUUUCUUUGUCGUCAGUUCUGUCGGUGAAGCUGUAACUACGGUGGUCGUUUGUUGCCUCGCGCAUCCAAUGCGCUUGAGACGGGCCGGCGCAUUCACGGAGGUCGAACCACCGCGCAUGAAGUUUGCGACUUCCCAAUAUUGCUGCAAAAGAGGACCAAGUUAUUGUGACACAAUUCUUGCGAUUUCCCAUUCAUUCCAUUGAUUCAAUGAGAGCAGCUGUUUUACUGACUUUCAAAGAACGGUCUCUGGAUUGUCAAACUAUUCAACGCAACAACCUCAACCAUGAAAUGAU